AUGGACAUGUCCACAUUAAUUCGUAAUGCAGAUCGUUUAGCCGAAUUCGAGGCUUAUAUUUCAAUAAUUCCUGUUGGUGAACAUCGAAUUGGUUCGUUAAGUAGCCAUGAAAAGGAAUUAACCCGUUUAUGGGAAGCUGUUCGUUCAGCAUACGAUACUUUGUUGAUCGAAGCUGAACAAUUGAAAACCCCACAAAUCGUUGAAGUGAAGUCCAGGUAUAUGGCUUCUUAUAGUACCUACACUCGUGGUAUCUCCUUGAUCACGACCCAUUUGGACAAUUUAAAAUCCGCUGCUCAGGCAGAAAAGUCCAAUGAUCAUGGAGCAAGUUCAAUACCACUCGUUCAUUUACCCCCUUGUGACACCCCAAUUUUCUAUGGUGACUAUAAGAACUGGCCUUCAUUCCGAGACAUGUUCUCUGCGUUGUAUGGCAAUAACCCCCGUUUGACCCCAGUACAGAAAUUGUACUAUUUAUUGCAGAAAACUGCAAAAGAUGCUCAUGAUGUCAUACAAACUGUUCCAUUGACUAACGAUGGCUAUGCAGUGGCAUGGAAAAAGUUAGUUGACACAUAUGAGAACAAAGACGCCCUCAUAAAUGAACAGCUUCGUACUCUUUUGAGUAUUAAACCCCUUACCCAAGAAACAGGCCCGAAUAUUAAAAAUCUGCAACGGACGCUUAAUGAUUGUAUUACGAAUCUUUCAUUAUUAGAAGUUACCCCGGAAAUAUUUUAUCACGUCAUGUUAGUGUAUAUUUGUGCUACAAAGCUACCCGAAAAUACUUUAAGUCUCUGGGAACAGUCCAAGAAACUUUGUCCAAAAUCUCCAAAGUGGGAAGAUAUGGACGCUUUUUUGACAGCUCAUUUCAAAACUCUUGAGUCUAUUUCUGAUAUAAGACAGUCCAACCCAGUUCAAAACAAACCCCAGAAUACUGUGUCGAAAAAGAACUCGAGUUUUAACCCCCCAAAGAAAUCAUUUAAUGACUCUAGAAGAGUUCAAAGUUUUGCGACAAACACUACCCCGAGUCCCACAGUUUGUCGUUGUUUCCUUUGUCAAGGACCACACCCCCUAAGACUUUGUCCUAACUUCUUGAGUCAGAGUGUAGAUGAUAGGCUGUCAACUGUCAAGAGACUUAGGUGUUGUUCAAAUUGUUUGGCGACUUCUCAUGAUUUUAAGAAUUGUAGAAGUACUCAUGUUUGUUCGUUGUGUAGACAGAAGCAUCACUCUUUGCUUCAUAGAGAUCCUAGGUCGCAAGGUCAAGGUUCGCAAAUUUCACCCCAGCUCCCUAUAGCUUCUGGUACAAAUGUACCAAUUCAACCCCCGCAUAUUCAAACCUUAUCUAACCAAACCCAGCACAAUAUAAACCCAGUUCCAGCAAGCAAUCAAAAUCAACACCCUCCUAAUUUUCCCCCAUCAACUUCUGCAGUGACUCAAAACGUUCAUACGUAUGCUGCACAUCUGAGCCCUAACCCCCAUUCCACAGUCCUUUUGGGCUCGGCUAUUUGUAUAGUCCAUUUUGACCAUCUCAGAUGUACAGCAAGAGCGCUAGUUGACCCUGGUUCGCAAGGUACCUUUAUCUCUAGGAGAUUACAAAGGAAGCUUGCAAUACCAACAUUUUCGGUGCCAUCGAUAAAUGUUACUGGUAUGAUGGAUUGCUUGGCUGGAAAUUCCUCGACUAUGUGCGUUCUUACUAUUGGUUCUCCAAUAGACCCGAGUUUCAAAUUGAAAAUUUGUGCAUAUGUAGUCGAGAAGAUUACCGGUCGGUUGCCCUCUUGUUCUCUUACAGAUAUUGUAAGCUCUAGUUUUCCCGAUAUUACCAUGACCGACGUCAUGUGUACCCGUAUGGAUAUUCUAUUAGGAGGAAAUGUUUAUCCAAAAAUUUUAACUUCGGAUGUUAAAAAGCAUCCGAAUGGCAACCUGAUCGCCCAGAGAACAGUUUUUGGUUGGAUAGUAACUGGUGAAGUUUUUCAAUCUGAACCCCCUUAUACUAUUGCAUCGUUUUGCAAUCAAGUGGAGCUGAACGCUCAACUCGCUCGGUUUUGGGAACUUGAAGAAGUUCCACAAGCGACACGGUUGUCGGAAAAUGAGGAAUAUUGUGAAGAACUUUACCGGACUACUACCUAUAGGAACCCCGAUGGUCGCUAUGUAGUUUCACUCCCUUUUCGUCGGGAAUUUCUUAAUGAAGUGACAUUAGGAGAUUCUCGACAUAGUGCUCUGUCCCAGUUUAGGCGAAAUGAAAAUCGACUUUUGAAAAACCCCGAUCUAAAAUCACAGUAUGAUACUGUAAUUAGAGAGUAUUUCGAAAUGGGACAUAUCAGAGCAGUUAACCCCCCGAGUUCAGAUGCGACUAAUUAUUAUUUACCGCAUCAUGCAGUAUUUAAACCCGAUAGUGUGACCACUAAACUUCGUGUGGUAUUUAAUGCCUCGAACCCAUCCUCCAAUGGCGUAAGCCUUAAUAAUGUCUUGUACCCCGGUCCUGUUUUACAGGCAGACCUAACGGUCUUAAUCCUACAAUGGCGACUCUUUCGUUACGUUUUUAACGCUGACAUUGAGAAAAUGUAUCGCCAAAUUUUAAUUCAUCCCGAACAGACACAAUUUCAACGGGUCUUGUACCGCUGUAGUCCCGAAGCUGAUAUAAAGGACUAUGAGCUAAAUACUGUCACAUUCGGAGUGAAUUGUGCGCCGUAUUUAGCGAUUCGAACUCUUUUACAAUUGGCCAACGAUUGUAAACCCCUAAGUCCGUUAGCAUCUGAAAUUUUGAAAACCCAAAUGUAUGUCGACGACGUACUUGCUGGCUCUCAUGAGCUAGAAGACGCUUUUAGGAGACGUAUUGAACUUACCCAUGUUCUUGAAUCGGCUGGUUUCGUUUUGAGAAAAUGGACUGCCAAUCACAUACGUCUCUUAGAAGAUUUACCCCGUGAGAAUCUGCUUGAUGCAGACUUCUUAAAAUUUUCAGAUGCUAGUACAACAAAAACCCUAGGCUUGCGAUGGAAUGCAGAAACUGACAGUUUCUACUUCCGACUCAUAUCGCAGCCACGCCGGGAUAUUGUGACUAAACGUGCUGUCUUGUCAGAAAUAGCUAAGCUAUUUGACCCCGCCGGUUGGCUAUCCCCAAAAAUCAUUGUUGCUAAAAUUAUAAUGCAACAAAUAUGGAAAGAUAAGACAGAUUGGGAUGAAUGUUUAAAACCCUUAACCCUUGUGCAAUGGCACUCAUUUUUAAAUGAUUACCCCAAUAUUGAGAAAAUUAACAUUCCAAGAUGGGUUAAUUUUCACCCGAGUUAUGAUAUUGAACUUCAUGCAUUUUCUGAUGCGUCAGAAAAGGCUUAUGGCGCUGCUCUUUACGUUCGAAGUAUUUCUUCGAAUGAAAUCUCUUCACAUUUACUCUCUGCAAAGACGAAGGUAGCUCCUGUUAAGUCUGAAACAUUACCCCGUUUAGAACUUUGUGGAGCGGCUUUGAUGGCGAAUAUGGUAGAAUCCUUGUGUAGUCAAUUAAAUCUAGACAAGAGAAAGAUUUAUCUGUGGACUGAUUCUACUAUAGUUUUAUCUUGGCUCAAAAAACCCCCGUGCCAUUGGCCAACCUUUGUCAAAAACAGAGUUGCCUUAAUCGUAAAGAAAGUUGGUAACGAGAAUUGGUUUCAUGUGGAUUCCAAAGAUAACCCUGCAGAUCUCGCAAGUCGUGGAAGUCUUGCUCGAGAUUUAGUUGAUAACCCCCUAUGGUGGCAUGGUCCCUCGUGGUUAAGACAGCCGCGAGAGUACUGGCCACAAAAUAUCGUUACCGAACAUCAGCAUUUAGAAGUUCAAUCUUUUUCUGUUCAGACAGAACCAACAUUUGACAUACUGGAACGUUUCUCAGAUUUACCCCGUGCAAUGCGAAUUAUUUCGUAUUGGUUCAGGUGUUUACAAUAUUUAAAAACCAGAAAAUGCUUGUACAACACCUUAUAUUUAACCCAGUCAGAAAUGAAAUUUACUCGAGAUCGAUUGGUUCUAGUAUGUCAAAAGAAUUAUAUACCUGAAUAUUCUCUACUCUCGAAAGGUAAACCCAUUUCGUCUAAGAGUAAUUUACUCACUUUGAACCCGUUUAUUGAUUCAAAUGGUUUUGUCCGAAUCAAUGGUCGAUUAACUCGAUCCCCUGGCUUAACGUACGAUGAGCGUUACCCUAAAAUUCUGCCUUAUGCAGCCCGAUUUACCCGUUUGUUUGUUGAACAUGUUCACAAAUGUUCUGCCCAUGGUGGCCAUUCAUUAAUGCUCAGAUUAGUAAGAAAUGAGUUUUGGGUCCCCAAGUUAAAAAAUCUAAUUCGUACAGUCAUUUUCAAUUGCAAGGAAUGUACUAUAUAUCGAAAGAAAACCGGUCAGCAGAUUAUGGCUGCUUUACCCCCUGAACGUGCUUCUCUUACGAGACCGUUUACCCAUACCGGUUUAGAUUUCGCAGGUCCGUUCGACAUAAAAUCCUACAUUGGUAGAGGUUGCCGAAUAACGAAAGGUUAUGUCCUCGUUUUUGUUUGUUUCGCCACAAAAGCGAUUCAUUUAGAGGCAACCGGUGAUAUGUCGACCGAAACAUUUCUUGGUGCUUUUGCUCGUUUUUUCUCCCGUCGAGGUUGUCCUGCCCACAUAUACUCAGACAACGGAACUGCAUUUGUCGGUGCUGCUAAUUUACUCGAAGUAGACCGAAAGCAGUUUUUACCCCAAUUAAGAGAAAAAGUACUUGUACGAAAUAGUUUUCAGCCAAUUGAAUGGCAUUUUAUACCCCCUGGUGCUCCUCAUAUGGGCGGCUUAUGGGAAGCCGGCGUAAAGAGUGUAAAAACUCAUUUUCGCAAAAUUGCUGGAAUGCAGAAAUUUACCUUUGAGGAGUUUUCGACAAUGUUAACCCGAAUAGAAGCUUGCCUAAACUCAAGACCCUUAACUGCAAUGAGCGAUGAUCCUUUCGAUUUAGUCCCUUUAACCCCAGGUCAUUUUCUGAUAGGAGCACCUCUUUUGGCACCCCCUGAACCCGAUCAUUCCGAUCUUUCAUUGAAUAUUGCUAAUAGAUGGCAAAAACUCAAAGUGCUCCAUCAUCAGUUUGCUCAAAGAUGGAAAGAGGAAUACCUCAAAGAACUCCAUCGGCGAAUUAAAUGGAAAUAUCCGCAAAGGGACUACAAAGUCGGAGAUUUAGUUGUGAUCCGUCAGGAUAAUUUACCCCCGAAUGAAUGGCGUUUAGGUAGGAUAGAGAAGACCCAUGUAGGCCAUGACAGCAAGGUCCGCACAGCGGACGUGAGAACAGCUUCGGGCAUUUUUACCCGCCCAAUAGUGAAGCUUGUUCUCUUGCCAAAGUCAGAAACUGACUAA